AUUAUCCGAUAUCUCACCAUCUUAUUUUUUAGUAUUUUUAAUCAAGUGAGUCCUCGGAAGAGAUUAUUAUAAUACCAUGACCGGGAAAACGGAGAAAGCUGAAGAAGACCGCGUGCUUAUCAGACGGAGAAAGUUGAAUGGGAGGAAACAGAAAGAAGUCGAAGAUGAAACAGCGAAAUCAGGAAUCUGAAUUUCUCGGAAGAUCAGAGGGAGAGGAUCUUCGUGAAUAUAGUUUCUGUUGCAAUAUUUUCAGUUAAUCCGGACCCGUUCUCCAUAAUUUCAUAGUUACAGUCCUGUGUAAUAGGCAAACCAUGUCUCUGUCUGCACAAGCUCUCGCUCUACUCGACAGUGUUCAGCAUACCAUUUUCAAUUGCCUAAAUUCAACCACGGCUUCUCUUUCACAGACACGUCAAGCUCAUGCCCACAUCCUCAAGACCGGACUCUUCAACGAUACCCAUCUCGCCACCAAGCUUCUAUCGCAUUAUGCUAAUAACAUGUGCUUUGCGGAUGCAACUCUUGUUCUUGAUUUGGUUCCUGAGCCCAAUGUCUUCUCUUUCUCCACCCUUAUUUAUGCAUUCUCAAAGUUUCAUCAAUUCCAUCACGCACUUUCUACUUUUUCUCAGAUGCUCACCCGAGGCCUCAUGCCUGACAAUCGUGUCCUCCCUAGUGCUGUCAAGGCCUGUGCUGGACUAUCCGCCCUUAAGCCUGCCCGACAGGUUCAUGGCAUUGCAUCUGUAUCUGGGUUUGAUUCAGAUUCUUUUGUUCAAUCUUCUUUGGUCCACAUGUAUAUUAAAUGCAACCAGAUAAGAGAUGCUCAUAGAGUGUUUGAUAGAAUGUUCGAACCAGAUGUGGUUAGUUGGAGUGCUUUGGUUGCGGCUUAUGCUCGGCAGGGAUGUGUAGAUGAGGCAAAAAGGCUUUUCAGUGAGAUGGGUGACUCGGGUGUGCAGCCCAAUUUAAUAUCAUGGAAUGGUAUGAUCGCGGGGUUCAAUCAUAGCGGACUAUAUUCGGAGGCUGUUCUAAUGUUUCUGGAUAUGCAUUUAAGAGGUUUUGAACCUGAUGGGACUACUAUUUCUAGUGUUCUUCCGGCUGUAGGAGACUUGGAGGAUCUGGUUAUGGGGAUACUAAUUCAUGGUUAUGUGAUAAAGCAAGGUCUUGUGUCAGAUAAAUGCGUCAGUAGCGCACUUAUUGAUAUGUACGGGAAGUGUUCCUGCACAUCCGAGAUGUCACAAGUGUUUGAUCAAAUGGAUCACAUGGAUGUAGGAUCUUGCAAUGCUUUCAUUUUUGGAUUAUCCCGGAAUGGGCAAGUCGAGAGUUCAUUGAGGUUAUUCAGGCAACUGAAGGACCAAGGGAUGGAACUGAAUGUGGUAUCUUGGACAUCAAUGAUUGCUUGUUGCUCCCAAAAUGGGAGGGAUAUUGAAGCUCUGGAGCUUUUUAGAGAGAUGCAGAUUGCAGGGGUGAAACCAAAUUCUGUAACAAUCCCUUGCUUACUACCAGCUUGUGGCAAUAUUGCAGCAUUAAUGCAUGGCAAGGCAGCCCAUUGCUUCUCCCUUAGAAGGGGGAUCUCCACUGAUGUUUAUGUGGGUAGUGCCUUAAUUGAUAUGUAUGCAAAGUGUGGAAGGAUACAAGCAUCCCGGAUAUGUUUUGAUGGAAUUCCCACCAAGAACUUGGUUUGUUGGAAUGCAGUUAUAGCUGGAUAUGCAAUGCAUGGCAAGGCAAAAGAGGCCAUGGAGAUUUUCGAUUUGAUGCAGAGAAGUGGACAGAAACCCGACAUUAUCAGCUUCACUUGUGUAUUGUCUGCAUGUAGCCAGAGUGGCCUAACAGAAGAAGGAUCUUAUUAUUUUAAUAGCAUGUCUAGCAAGUAUGGGAUUGAAGCUAGAGUGGAGCAUUAUGCUUGCAUGGUUACUCUUCUUAGUCGUGCAGGAAAGCUUGAGCAGGCUUAUGCCAUGAUCAGAAGAAUGCCAGUCAAUCCAGAUGCUUGUGUUUGGGGAGCUUUGCUCAGUUCCUGUAGAGUUCACAAUAACGUGAGUCUGGGUGAGGUUGCUGCUGAGAAACUCUUUGAGCUAGAACCAAGCAAUCCUGGAAACUAUAUUCUUCUAUCUAAUAUUUAUGCAUCUAAGGGUAUGUGGAAUGAAGUGAAUAGGGUAAGGGAUAUGAUGAAGAAUAAGGGUUUGAGGAAAAACCCUGGUUGCAGUUGGAUUGAGGUGAAAAACAAAGUGCACAUGCUUUUAGCAGGAGACAAAUCGCAUCCUCAAAUGACCCAAAUUAUUGAAAAGUUGGAUAAAUUGAGCAUGGAGAUGAAGAAAUUGGGUUAUUUUCCAGAAAUCAAUUUUGUGCUGCAAGAUGUAGAGGAACAGGACAAGGAGCAGAUCUUGUGUGGGCACAGUGAGAAGUUGGCGGUGGUGUUCGGGCUUCUGAACACUCCCCCAGGAUAUCCACUUCAAGUAAUUAAGAACCUCAGAAUUUGUGGGGACUGCCAUGUUGUUAUAAAAUUUAUAUCUAGCUUUGAAAGGAGGGAGAUUUUUGUUAGAGAUACAAACCGCUUUCAUCACUUUAAAGAGGGAGCUUGUUCUUGUGGUGAUUAUUGGUGACACACUUCUAUGGUUUACUGGGGAAACCCAUUAUUCCUCUUCUUCAUAUCGAGCGGUUGGAAUUGAGUUAAUGCAGAUAUGACAUGGACACACAAGAUAAAGAUGAAAUGCAUUUCACAAUAGACCUGAAGGUGAAGAGACUGAAUCUGCCCCUGAAAGAAGGGUAAACACUUUCCAAUUGGAUGCUUAUAAAUUUAGGAAACAUAAAGAAUAAAGUCAUUACCAAAGAGUUAAAAUGUCGUUUUUCACUUUUUAUUUUUCCAUUUGGUUCAACCCACAUGGAUGAAGAACAUUUUUGCCCAAAACUUGCAACUUUUAGAAGCCAACAUAGGGCACAGGUUUCUCACUUCGUAGGUUCAGGAGUUUAAUCAAGGACGGAUCUCCUUUCUUGUGAAUGGAUUGGCCUUUUGAAUAGAUAUUUUUAAGCAGGUUUUGAUGUGUUCCCAAGUCCAAAGAUAUUUGCCAAUAUCGCUUUAAUAUGAUGGAUGCUGAAUCGAAAACCAUCAUCCAUACCAACUUGGGACAAAUGUUGGAGUUAAAAUUGCCUUCUGACACAGGUGACUCCCUGAGAUCUGUUGAAGCAUCUUUGCAUCUUUUUACUGGUUCAAUAAAUUUCAUUGAAACAUGACAUGAUCUUACAUACCUUAAUUUUAUGCUGAGAUAUUCACAAGGGUUUGUCGCUUAGCAAACAUCUAAUUACUAGAUUUAUUGGUCGAGGGCUCCACAUAAAAUUCGUGGAUAGUUGCCUCUAUUAUCAACACGAUUCAUCCUUCUUUGGGGUUCCGAUAUGGCAUAUUAGGCUUCUCAGCCUCACUCCCAGAUUGUACUAGAACUCCUCACUUGUUUUUGUCAGGAAAUUUUUCUUGAGGAAAAAUCCAUAGAUCCAAUCCCAUAUCAUACAGAAUUUUUAUUUGGGUCAUUUAAAUGUAGAGUGAAAUCCAAGCCACCAAACAAGGGUCUGUAUACACAUUGGAGGUAUAUUUUGGGUAUGAUACGGAAAAGAUAGCAGGGGUUCAGGCUCUUGGGUUUGCUGACAGUGACGUAAGAUACAUGGAAAAAUUUCCUCAGAGAACGGUAAAGUAAAGGUUCUGAAUUCUGUGGUCUUUUGACCUCCUGUGGUAACUAUAGGUAUAACUUGUUUUUGUACUUGUAUUCAUCACUGCUGCAGCUUUAAUUCUUCAACUUCAUGUGAAUCAACCCAUUCAUCACGUUUUUCUCCAAACCCCAAAGUAUCUUUCUAAAUCUGGUCAACAAGCCGUCUUGAGUUUGACUACUCCUAUGACUCCCCAUACCAUUUUAAUAAUUUUUUAAAAAAAAAUAAAAUAAAAAAUAAAAAAACCCUCCCUUUAAGAUGGACAAAUGCUUUCCCUUCACGCUGGAAAGCUUGUCAAACCAACAUUUGUCUGUUUGUACUCUACUUCCAUAAACUAACAUUGCUUCUCCACAAUCUCUUCUCUGUUGUUUCAGGUUCAGAUUCUCUUACAUUAUACUUAACCUCAAGUAUGGAAUGAUUUACUAUAAAAAAAAAGUGUAGAGGGAUGUUUUGAAAUGUGAAAUAAUGUUAUAUAAUAAAUAAGAAUUUGGUAUAAUUGAUUAAUUUCCAUAGGCUGUGGCGCCCAGUGGGGCUUGUGGGCAAACAGGUCCUUAGAAUAGUUAAAUUCUAGGGUCACCACCCACAGAAGUCACAGACUCACAGCCCACAGGGCCAAAUAAAGGCGGCGGUGUGGCGUGUUAUAUUAUAUAUAUAUAUAUAUGUGGUUGCAACAAGAAAAAAACUCUGAGGAAGGGAGGAAGAAAAAGAUUAUACGAAAGAUGUGUGUCAGAGUAGUGAGUACAGUUGCGGAUGCUUUCCUCUGACCCACGAAACACGCCAUCUCCCAAAAUCAGUGAUAUUUUCUCUUUCUUCCAGAAAUGGUCGUUACUACUCUCGAAACAGACCCACGUCACCUUUCACCCCUCCCUUGAAAGUUGAAACCACCAUCUCACCAAACUGUAAUCCUACCACCUCAGAAUCCACUUUCUGUCCACCCGAAGACCAUCCCCAUGGCGUUUGUCAGCUCCCAGCUUUAACCCUUUUUAUUCUCUUUCCCUGAAGCUUCAUUCUGCCGCUACCCCUCUGCUUUAUGGAAACUCCUUUGGUUUUUCUUCUCUCUGCUUCUCUGCUAGCGUGAAAACAAAACAAUGCUGCUUUCGAUAUUUUUGGCUCUGUUUUUACCCUGUGCUGGCAUGAGCGUCGUCUUCGUGGUCUACAUCUGCCUCUUGUGGUACUCCGCCCUGGGCCAGCAGCCGGAGUUGCCAGCGCCGGUCAAGCCGGAGUCUGAGAAGGGACUCUCGGCGUCGGACCUCGACAAACUGCCCAAACUCGCUGGAAAGGAUCUCGUCGUGGGAGCGGAGUGCGCGGUAUGCUUGGACGAAAUAGAGAGUGACGCACCGGCCAGAUUAAUUCCCGGUUGCAAUCAUGGCUUCCAUCUCCAGUGCGCCGAUACUUGGCUCUCCAAGCACUCGGUUUGCCCUCUUUGUAGAGCCAUUCUCGCGCCUGAGUUUUUCAACACCUCUGAAAAUCCCUGCUAAAAUAGAAAACCGAAGAAUGAUCGCCUUCUCUGUUCUUUUUGCUCUGUAUUUAUUCGAUUUUUGAGAGCUUUUUCCGAGUUCUUCCAGUCAUAACCAGGUUUUAUGUUGUCCAUAUCUGUUUUCCAAUGAAUACAGAAAUUUCAUAUUAUUAAUCUUAA